AGGCGUAAGGCGAGUGGUACAACGACGACGACCGCGAUUCAAUACUUUUGGGUAUAACAGUAGCAGUUUGCCGAAUUUGAGUUCAGUUCUUAAGGGUAGUUAGUUGGAAAACGGCGUCAAAAUCGGGCUAACGGUGCCGCACAAUUGGGUGGAUAAUAAUUUUUUUUGUAUUGUACUAAAACUAGUGGUGCAGCAGAGGGCAAGAGGCGCACAGAGGGCCUAAGUAGAAAAAUGUAUAUAUAAAUUUGGUAGUAAAUGCAGAAAAAGUGUAUACGGCAGUGUAGAAAACAUAAAAAAUUCAUUCAAAAAUUGUGUUCAAAUGUGAAAAAUUCCGAUAAAGCAGUUUAGCAGCAACAAAACGAAACGAAUGCAUUGUGCAACCCACCAAAAAUCACACAAAAGCGUCAUGUAAAUAAAUCGCCAAGAACAAAAAUUAUAAAUCACAUUUGCCAAGAAACUCAUCAGCGCCAACGGCAGCGGCGGCGACAGCUACACUCAUCAAGCAGCAGCAGCAGCAAAGACAACAGCCGACUAAACAGCCAACAACUACAAGUAGAAUAGUCACAAGAAUGUCGUUUGGGUCGACAGCCAAUUGACCGACAACAAACAAACGACAAAGCACCAGCGCCAACGGUCAUAGCACCAGCAAGAACGCCUAAAAGUAGAUUAUCGCAGCUAGGCGCAACACAAGCGCACACACACGCGCGUCCAGUGACAGCAUGCAAGAACAAAAUAUUUAAAAAGCAAUAACAAAAAUUAUUGUCACUUGCCCAACCAACCAAUCAACCAACUGAGCGGAGGGCGCACAGCGUAGACUACCACAAGAAUUUUUUCAAGUUAGCGCGCGCAGCAGUAAACGGCAGACGGCCGACGGUAGCAGCAACAGCAGCAGCAGCAGCAUUUAUUAGCAACCAAACCCGAUCAAGAGCUCCCCACUUAACCCUCGUCGUAGUGUAUGCGUAGCUGAGGUGAACCGUGUAGGCGGUUAUUGGGAAAUAUUCUUCUGUCAACGGUAGUGCCAAGAAAGCAGUCAAAAUUCACCGGCUAAGUAAGAGUGAUUUAGAAACGUGACAGAUACAAUACCAAGAACAAACAAAACAAAAAAUAUGAGUAAAAAUAUGAAAAUAAAAAACCAUACAGAUUUACACUCUAAACGUUGUAGCACUCAUUCGGGCUUAAACUAGGAUCAGUUGUUCGAAAAUUAAAAAAAGAAAAAAAAACAAAGAGAGAGCACUCAAGCAAAUUUACAUAGAUUACUUAUUGCGUCGCCUUAUAAUCCUAAUCACACAUGCACAUGCAUACAUACAUACAGAUGCCAUUGCAUAGCCGUAUGUGAAAACGGCAGGGAGCAGAGCAAACCAAAAACUAAAACUCAAGAAACAGACAACACAAAGUAAAAGCAAAAUAUAAGAAUUGAAAAUAAAAACUGAACUAGAGUAUCCCCCUCCACUGAAGGAAACGUAAUCGAAGAGCAGUGUGAAGCGCGACAGAAACCGCGGAUUAACCGCGGCAUAUUAUGUCACGAGACGAUUACAAUCCUGUAACUAGCUCUGGUGUUCGUAGCCCGGGUCGCUCAAGGCGGCUCACGGAAUUGCCAACAGUCGAUCGAUCGCCAUCACGAGACUACGGUACACGUGGAAGUCCUCUAGCAAUGGGCAGUCCAUACUAUAGAGACAUGGAUGAGCCAACAAGUCCAGCCGGUGCGGGCCACCAUCGCAGCCGAAGCGCCAGCAGACCACCGAUGUCACAUGCCAUGGAUUAUCCAAGAACACGCUAUCAGUCGCUGGAUCGCGGUGGUUUGGUGGAUCCGCAUGAUCGGGAAUUCAUACCUAUACGUGAGCCACGCGAUCGCUCACGUGAUAGAUCGCUCGAGAGGGGAUUGUAUCUGGAGGAUGAGCUGUAUGGACGAUCGGCGCGACAAAGUCCCAAUCCUAUAGGCUACCAAACGGGCUUACCAUCAUCGGAUCGAGCGUAUCUGGGUGAUUUGCAACAUCAGAAUACAGAUUUGCAGCGCGAAUUGGGUCAGCUGAAGCGUGAAUUGGAGCUGACAAAUCAAAAAUUGGGCAGCUCAAUGCAUAGCAUAAAAACGUUUUGGUCGCCGGAGUUGAAGAAGGAGCGCGCGUUAAGGAAGGAGGAGAGCGCCAAAUAUAGUUUGAUCAAUGAUCAGCUGAAGUUGCUGAGCACAGAGAAUCAAAAACAAGCAAUGUUGGUGCGGCAAUUGGAGGAGGAGUUACGCAUGCGCAUGCGGCAGCCGAAUAUUGAAAUGCAACAACAAAUGGAGGCAUUGUAUGCGGAAAAUGAUCACUUACAGCGCGAAAUAAGUAUAUUACGCGAAACUAUUAAAGAUCUGGAGUGUCGCGUAGAAACACAAAAACAAACGCUUAUUGCACGCGACGAAAGCAUCAAGAAAUUGUUGGAAAUGUUGCAAACUAAGGGAAUGGGUAAAGAAGAGGAGCGACAAAUGUUCCAGCAAAUGCAAGCCAUGGCCCAAAAACAGAUGUACGGCCUCUACGGUCCGACCGGAAGUCCGCCGCUACCCGACAUAAUCGGCCAAUAUUACGCGCCUGCCGGUUAUGGUCUCGGUGUUGGCCCGCCACCACCACCGAGCGCAUACGACAUGUUCGGCCCCUCCGGCUCGGCUGGUUAUUUGUACGAUCCCACAGCCACCACCACAGCUGGACUUUACGGUCAACAUCCAUCGCCGAUACGUCGUCGUCGUUAUAGCAUUGCUGGCCUGCCAUCAGCAUCGAUGUUGAACGACUACUAUGGCCUGUAUCAGCCGCAGAUGCAUCAAUCCUCCUCCUCGAAUAUAGUGAAUCUGUUGAAUGAGGCGCACAAGUCCAUUUCACGCUCCUCCCAAAUACUAAAUCAACAUGCGCGUAUGCAACAGGCCACCCAACCGGUUACACCGCUCUCCAGCUAUCCCGGUCGUAUCAUUUCCAGUUAUCCGACAUUGCAUCCGGGCGAUACAUCGCCACCAUACCUCAGCGAUAAUCUGAUGCAGAUGUCGUCGAGUUUCUCAUCACAGCCGAAUAUGUACUUCCAGCAGUAUGCACCCACGUCGGCGGCGGCUACGGCGGCAGCGGUCCAACAGCAAUCGGCAGCAGCAGCAGCAGCGGCGGCGGCGGCGGCAGCAGUAGCAGCACAACAAGCGGCCACCGGUGGCCAUUUGGGCGGCGGACGGCUAUUGCGGCCCGCUUACUCAGUGUCAAAUUUAAAUUACUUGAACUAUCCGAGCAAAUACACUUCAGGUGGUGUUAGUGGUAUUGGUGGUAGUAGUAGUUAUGCGAAUCCAUUCUCUCAGUCCAUAUUCAGUCAAAAUGAUAUGCCAUACAGCAUGAGUACGUUGCUACAGCAACGCAAUCUAAUGCCAUCGCUGCACGCCUCCAAUCCGGCAAUUUCGCAGUACUAUCAGUACGCCGCACAGGCACCGCAGCCACAGGCAACGCAGCAUCAGCAUCCGCUUGCCUAUAAUCUGCAACAGCAAUUUGCGGGCACACAACAUUAUGCACACCAGCUGCCGCUCGGCGCCCAGCACCCGUCGGCGCACAUCCACCACUCGGUGCAGCAGCAGCUGAAUCCGAUGCAUCAAUACCACGUGCACCAGCAGCAGCAUCAUAUGCAAACCCAUCCGUUGGCGGCGUUGCGUGAAACUAGUGGACCGUUUGCGGCCACACUUACCAGCAGCGCGCUUGACGAUGCGGCGCUGACUGGGCGCGGUGGCCUAAGUGCAGGCGGUGGCGUUGGUGGCGUUGGCGGUGUGGCGACUGGUGCGUCGGGCGUGGCAGCUGCGUCGUCGGCAUAUGAUAGUAUGCAUACUUUGCCGUCAUAUCAUCAUCAUCAACAACAACAACAGCAACAACAAGCACAAGCGCAUCAUCACCUCAGCCAUCUAAGCCAGCAACAUCUCAGCCACCAUCACCCCACAACAUCAGCCCCAUUAAGCCAUACAAGCACACCAUACUAUCACCAUCACAUGUCGCCAUAUUCGAAACUAGAUUUAGACUAUCCGAAACUGCCAUCCGAGCAUAAACGACAAUUGGACGAAUUCCGUCUUGAAAUACAAAGAAGGGAUCAAGAAAUAUUGGCGAUGGCGGCCAAAAUGAAAACGUUAGAAGAGCAACAUCAGGACUAUCAGCGGCACAUAGCGGUUCUCAAGGAGUCGCUAUGUGCCAAGGAGGAGCACUACAAUAUGUUGCAGACUGAUGUUGAGGAGUUGCGCGCCCGCCUGGAGGAGAAGAACCGCCUAAUUGAGAAGAAGACGCAGGGCACAUUACAAACGGUGCAAGAACGGAAUCGCCUGACUAGUGAACUCACCGAAUUGAAGGAUCACAUGGAGAUUAAGGAUCGCAAAAUCAACGUGUUACAGCGAAAGAUUGAGAAUCUUGAGGAUCUGCUUAAAGAGAAGGAUAAUCAGGUGGAUAUGGCGCGUGCACGUCUAUCGGCAAUGCAGGCUCAUCACAGUAGCUCUGAGGGCGCUCUCACAAGUCUCGAAGAAGCCAUUGGUGAUAAAGAGAAGCAAAUGGCCCAACUGCGAGAACAGCGAGAUCGUGCCGAACAUGAAAAGCAAGAGGAGCGCGAAUUACAUGAGCGUGAAAUUGCCGAUUAUAAAAUCAAGUUGCGCGCACUCGAAAGUGAAGUGGAGAAAUUGAAUACACGCCUGGAGCGUGCCGUCACCGAACGUGAACGUCUCGAAAUCAAAUUGGAAGCAUCACAAAGCGAAUUGGGCAAAUCGAAGGCGGAAUUGGAGAAGGCCACCUGCGAGAUGGGACGCAGCAAUGCCGAUUGGGAGUCGACCAAACAACGUAUCGCACGCCUCGAAUUGGAGAAUGAGCGCUUGAAACACGAUCUGGAACGUUCACAGAUGCAGCUAGAAGAACAGACCACACUACAUAAAUCGGUACAAAAAUUAAUGCUCGAAUCGGGACGUUUAUCGACCACAUUCGGCCGCACAACAAUGACAACUUCACAGGAACUGGAUCGGGCACAAGAGCGCGCCGACAAGGCAGCUGCGGAACUGAGACGAACACAGGCUGAGCUGCGCGUCACACAGUCGGAUGCAGAACGUGCUCGUGAAGAGGCGACAGCGUUGCAGGAGAAGCUCGAGAAGAGUCAAGGCGAAGUGUAUCGACUUAAGGCGAAGCUUGAGAAUGCACAAGGUGAACAGGAGAGUUUGCGCCAAGAACUGGAGAAGGCGCAGAGUGGCGUUUCACGCAUACAUGCCGAUCGUGAUCGGGCCUUCUCGGAAGUGGAGAAGAUGAAGGAGGAAAUGGAACGCACGCAGGCCACACUGGGCAAGGCACAACUGCAACAAGAGAAGCUGCAGAAUUCAUUGGAUAAAGCCCAGAAUGAGGUCGAUCACUUGCAGGAGAAACUCGACAAAUCGGUCGCUGAAAACCGCCGUUUGGUGCUCGAAAAGGAGAAGCUCACCUACGACUACGACAACUUGCAGUCGCAGCUGGACAAGGCGCUGGGACAGGCGGCGCGCAUGCAAAAGGAACGCGAAACACUCACACUCGACACGGAUCGCAUACGCGAAAAGUUGGAGAAGACGCAGAUGCAACUAGCACGCGUGCAAAAGGAGCGGGAUCAGUUCUCGGAUGAGUUGGAAACACUCAAAGAGCGCUCCGAAUCAUCGCAAACCUUACUGAUGAAGGCGGCGCGCGACAGGGAGGCCAUGCAAACCGAUUUGGAAGUGCUUAAGGAGCGCUACGAAAAGUCGCACGCCAUACAACAGAAACUGCAGAUGGAGCGUGAUGAUGCCGUCACUGAAGUGGAGAUACUUAAAGAGAAGUUGGAUAAAGCACUCUACGCUAGUCAGAAACUCAUCGACGAGAAGGACACCUCAAAUAAGGAGUUCGAGAAGAUGCUUGAAAAGUACGAUCGCGCACAGAAUGAGAUUUAUCGAUUGCAGUCGCGUUGUGACACUGCCGAAGCGGAUCGCGCCCGCCUGGAGGUCGAAGCGGAACGUUCUUCUUUGGCCGCGUCCAAGGCGCGCGAAGAUCUGCGCAAAUUGCAGGAGGAGAGUACACGUCUGCAGGAGGCCUGCGAUCGUGCCGCUUUGCAGUUGAGCAGAGCCAAAGAGAGUGAGGACAAUGCUCGGGUGGAACUUGAUCAUAAUCGUGAACGUUUCGAUAAGUUACAAACUGAUUUGCGUCGUUCACAAGGCGAAAAGGAACAUUUACAAUCGGAGCUGGAACGUGUCACGUACGAAUUGGAGCGUGCACAUGCCGCACAAACCAAAGCCAGCGCCAGUGUGGAGGCCGCUAAGGAGGAAGCAGCGCAUUAUGCCGUUGAGUUGGAGAAGAUGCGUGAUCGCUAUGAGAAGAGUCAGGUAGAGUUGCGUAAACUCCAGGACACCGAUACAUUUGGACGUGAGACCCGCCGCCUUAAGGAGGAGAAUGAGCGCCUCCGUGAGAAACUUGACAAAACCCUUAUGGAAUUGGAGACCAUACGUGGCAAGUCGCAAUAUGAGUCCGAAUCGUUUGAGAAAUACAAAGACAAGUAUGAGAAAAUUGAGAAUGAAAUACAGAAUAUGGAAUCCAAACUGCAUGAGACCACCCUACAACUUGAAUUGUCCAAGGGCGAGGUUGCUAAGCUACUGGCCAAUCAAGAGAAACAGCGUAGCGAAUUGGAGCGGGCGCAUAUUGAACGCGAGAAGGCACGUGACAAGCACGAGAAACUGCUGAAGGAGGUGGAGCGAUUGCGUCUGCAGCAACAGUCGGCCAUCAGCCCUGGCGAUUCGGUGCGCGCAUCUAUGUCGGCGGGCGAGCGUCAAGAGAUCGAUCGAUUACGCGAUCGUCUUGAGAAGGCGCUACAGUCGCGCGAUGCCACCGAACUGGAAGCGGGCCGUCUCGCCAAGGAGUUGGAGAAGGCGCAGAUGCAUUUAGCCAAACAGCAGGAAGCGAACGAAUCGACGCGCAUCGAAUUCGAACGCAUGUCUGCCGAACUCGGCCGCCUGCACGAUCGUCUCGAGAAGGCAGAGGCCGAGAAGGAGUCACUACGCCAAUCGGGCCGCAAUGGCGCAGACAAACCGCAUCCACAACUCGAAAAGCACAUGCAGAAAUUGGAAGCCGAUUGCAAGCAAUUAGCCAUAGAACGCGAGCAGCUGGUGCUGCAAUUGGAGAAGAGUCAAGAGAUAUUGAUGAAUUUCCAAAAGGAGCUGCAAAAUGCCGAAACGGAAUUGCAGAAGGCGCGUGAAGAGAAUCGCAAGCUACGCAACGGUCAUCCAGUGGCGCCAGCAGCACCCGCAGAAAUACAAGCCAUGCAACAGGAAAUCCAAAUGUUACAGCAAAAGUUGCAAGAAUCAGACAAAGCGCUGCAGGCGGCUAGUGCUGUUGCCGGCGCGAGUGGCGCCAAUCGUGAGGAGGUCGAGCAGUGGCGUAAGGUGCUCGAGGUGGAGAAGAAUCGCGCCGAAAUGGCCGACAAAGCCGCACAAGAAAUGCAUAAACGCAUACAAUUGAUGGACCAACACAUCAAGGAACAACACCAACAAAUGCAGAAGAUGCAACAACAGAUAGCACAACAGCAACAACAACAGCAGCAACAACAACAACAAACCUCCGGUAAUGCUCAAGAAGUCACGAAGGAGCUGGAGAAGGUGAAAGGCGAACUGCAAGCUGCCUGCACGGAGCGCGAUCGCUUCCAGCAACAACUGGAGUUGCUGGUGCAGGAGCUGGAGAAGAGCCAGUUAUCGAAUCAGGAGCAAGCGAAGCAACUGCAGACUGCGCAGCAGCAGGUACAACAACUGCAACAGCAAGUGCAGAUGCUGCAACAACAAGUACAACAGCUACAACAGUCGGGCAAUGCCGGCGCGGCCGCCACCGAUGUUCAGCGCCAACAAUUGGAGCAGCAACAAAAACAAUUGGAAGAGGUGCGGAAACAGAUCGACAACCAAGCCAAGGCUACGGAGAGCGAGCGCAAGAUCAUCGAAGAGCAGCGCAAGCAGAUCGAGGCCAAGCGUAAGGAUAUCGAAGAGAAAGAGAAGAAAAUGACCGAUUUCGAUGUGCAAUUGCGCAAGCGAAAGGAGCAAAUGGAUCAGUUGGAGAAAUCGCUGCAGACACAGGGUGGCGGUGCGGCCGCAGCCGGUGAACUCAAUAAGAAGCUCAUGGACACGCAGCGACAGUUGGAAGCCUGCAUCAAAGAACUACAAAGCACCAAAGAGGAGCACAAAAAGGCCACCACCGAAUGCGAACGAUUGCUGCAAUUGGUGCAAAUGUCGCAGGAGGAACAGAAUGCCAAGGAGAAAACCAUUAUGGACUUACAACAAGCCUUAAAGAUCGCUCAAGCAAAAGUGAAACAAGCACAAACGCAGCAGCAACAAGAUGCUGGACCAGCUGGAUUCUUGAAGAGCUUCUUCUAAAGCGCAUUAUUGGAAAACAACAAGAUGCUAAGAAGCAAAGAGAGCAACAACAAGCACUUUUCAUUAAUACAUUGUACAUUUGACUAGCAGUAACCUCAGUAUUGAUUUCAUUAUAAUAAUGAGCAAUGAACAAUGGACAUGAGAUAUGAAUGUAUUGGAAGUCUUUUUUUACUAAACUUUUUGCUGAUUGCUGUCUUUUUCUAAUCAUUGUUUUUUUUCUAACAAAAUAUGCAAAUUAAUGUUUAAUAUCGUGAAUUACCUGCUGUACUCAUUAUUCUUCAUAACUACUAACUACUUGCCACUAAUCUACACACCUUAACAAGCAAAACAAGCAAAACAGAAAAAAAAAAACAAAAAACAACAAGCGAACAUAGCCACAUACAUACUACAUACCACAGGAAGCAGCUCCGUUGGAUGGCAAACAAUGUGGAACGUGGAACUAUUGGACUGUGGGAUAGUGGGAUUGCUGGAUAGUUGGAUAGUUGGAUUGUUUAGCGCCCAUUGCCUCUCGCUCUCGCUCUCUGUCUCCCUGUACAGAAAACCCCCAACGCAUUACUGUUACCAUAAACGUGUACGAGCAUGUAUGAACUUGUAUAGUUUAGUAAAUGGCAUGUGAUGCUUAAACGCGGAAGGAUGCUUGUAUGGAAGGAAAAUGUGCGGAUUUAGCAGAGAAAUGCAAAAGGGAAAAUAAAAUUUACAAUUCGCAAAUGCGUUGAUUUGGCAAAAUAAGAACGCAAUUUUUUGGUGAGAACACAAAUGUCGCAGAACUAUAGAAAAUUAAUACAAAAAAAAACAAAAAAAUAAUAAAUUAAAAAAAUAAAAACUAAAACAAUUAAAGGCAAAGCAUAAAGAAUUGUGAGUGUGUGUUUAUGGUUGAAAAGCUGAGAUAGCUGAGACGAGUAAGAGUUGCGAAAAACCAAACACAAGUGUAGCAAAAUAGACGUGACAGCUAGAGAAAAUAUAUAAUAAAUAUUAGGAAAUUCAAGUAAAAUUAAAUGAAAACAAAACAAAUGCAAAAUAUUUAAUAUAUAAACUGUAUCCAGAGUUAUAGUUAGAUUAUUUAAAGAAGAAGGUGAAUGCAAAUAAAUAAAAUUAAAUGAAUAAAGAAAUAAAUAAUGUAAAUACUAGAACAAAUUGUAGCAAACAAGAAAGCAGCAACAACCUUUAUUUCAAAUGAUUUAACUAACAUAGAAAUAUACAAAUAUAAAAAAUUUACAUAGAUUCAUGCUACAUAUACAUACAAACGUACAUACUUAUACUAGUAUAUAUGUAAAUGAGAACUUGAAAGCAUAUACAUACAUACAAACAUGCGAGCAUGCAUAGAAUACCACAGUGUAUUAGUGGAAGCUGCAGCCAUGCCAUGCAAAUUUGGAAUAGCAAAUAAGUCAUGCAUAUACACACAUAUUUGCAUAUACAUAUACAUAUUAACAUAUAAUAAAGUAAAAUUAGAAGAAAAAAAUAUACAUAUGCAUACAAAUAAUAUGGUUAUAAACAUACAUACAUACAUUAGAAUAACCAAAUCAAUGGAAAAGCAAAGCAAAUAUUCAUACUCGUAAAAAAUAUAGUACAUACAUACAUAUAAAUAUACAUAUAAAUAGUAUGUUCAGCAAUAUAUUGAUUAAAAGUACCUUUAAAGCAAAUUGAAAGCGAACAAACAUUUCAAACCGAUUUACUUCAACGCAGCUGCACUCUCACAUUUCUCUCUCACUUUACGCUGCAACAACAGUUCGCCGUGCGCUGAUCAACAACCACCACCACCACCCAAUAGUUGUUAUUGUAUGUACUGUAAUUGUCCAACUUUUCAACGUAACAAUAACAUUUACUUAACAUGCGCGCGCAUACAUACAGACACUAUUGCUUGAGUAACCCACACUAAUGUACACACACACACAUAUAUCGUAUACAUAUAUAUAUAUAAGUACAUACUGCAUGCAUACAACUAACAGCUAUCAACUACAUAAAUGUGUAUGUGUGAGUAAUUAACUUAAAAAAUAUAUACCGCCCUUUACAAAAAAAAAAACAACAACAAAACAGCAUAAGCAAAGUAGGGUACAGCAACCUUUAGGUAGUAUAUCAAUACAGCAGCAAUUUAAGGAAAGCGUUAGGCACCCGUUACAAGCCCAAAACUCAAGCGUCUACUCGUCACAUAUUUCAGCUCCAAAGCAAUUAUGGCAUAAAUGUCAAACUAAGUAGUCUUUGCUUUGCAAAUUACCUACACAGCUAAGCGACAUGCAUAUAUACAUACAUACAUACAAACAUGCAAAUGUACAUAUACUUAUACAGCCUUUGCCUAUAAUGCAAGCCAUAUCACUAUGCCCAUAUCUACUACUUAACACUUCUAAUUACGUAACUCCAUUUGUAUAGCAACGCGUUAACUUUAGUUUGAAAAAAACAAAACCAAAUUAAUUCAACAAAUGCUUUCACUUAUUUAUUACUUGUCUGUAUGUAUUUGUUUGCUUUUUUCAUUAAUAUCCAAUUGUAUGUCGAAAAUGUACAUAUAUUAAAAUGCGAAUAUACCUAAGCUCAUUCAUAACAUGCAAAUAUAGCCAUGUAUGUACAUACAAAUAUGUAAAUAAUUUGAUGUUGAAUAAAAUUGCAUAAAAAGUAUCAAAGCAUAAAAAAAAUGAGAUUAGCUAAAUUUCACAGUCAAAUUGGUUUUGACUGCAAUUUAAAUGCAUUGCAAACAGAAAACACACACACACAAUCAUCAGCAUCAGCAUGAAGCGAGUAUUAGUACACAAAACCUUAAGAUCACCAAAAUACUUCAUUGCUGCUGUAUGCAAAUGUUAAGGACUGCUGCAUAGCCGCAUUGCACUCAGUUGAUUGUGUACCAAAAAUGUCUAUUGUUAAGUGAGAAAAAUUGAGAAGCGGCACGAGUGUAAAGCUUAACUAUGGAGGAAAUAGAAAAAUAGAAAUAUGAAGCCAGCUUCACGGAUCAAACAGGGUAUGCAACUGUUGCCACAAAUUUCGCACUUAACACAUGGACGCCCGGGAGCGAAAUUUUCAUUAGACAUUUCUUGGCGAUUGGAACCGAUCUUUCUCUUUUUGGUGAUAAGCAUGAUUCAAUAACAAUAACAGUGAACAAUUCAUUGAUUGUUUUCGAUCGAAGCGGUAUUUAGCGCGUUCGGUAGGCAAUGGCAAACCUUCGAGAGGAUUUCUGCCAUGGAAAAACCGCUCAUAAAAAACCAAUUGUCAUUCGGAGACGGCUUAAAACUGUAGGACCCUCCAUUUGUGACGCAACACAAAGGCGCAUACCACGCAUAGGAGGAGGAAUCGGCCAAGCAUCUAACAGAAAUGUACGCGCCAAUUAUUUUUUUUUUUUUUUACUUUAUUUAGCGCGCUCAAGAUCGACAUAUAACACCUAGACUCAAAAGCCAAAUAAAGAAAGCCUAGCAAAGAAAACACUUUUUUUUUUUUUGUCAAACUUAGCUUCUUCAUCACUGCCAUUUCUAUCAAGAACAACGUCAACAACCAUUCCAGCACCGCUCUAACAUUUCAAUACCACUUUUGUGGAAUGAUUUAUCUUUUGCCUCAAAAUAGCGAAUAGCCUCAGUUGCAGCGAUAACCUCUUCUAUCGAGCGAAAUUUCUUACCGGCGAGCAUUUUUUUAAGGUCUGCGAACAGCCAGUAGCCGGUGGGAGGCAGAUCUGGUGAAUGCGCUGGAUGUGGGAGCAAUUCGAAGUUCAAUUCAUGUAGUUCUGCCAUUGUUUUGAUUGACUUGUGACUUCUUGUUUUUUGGUCAACAGUGAGCACAGGCGGCACCACGUUGAACAGAGCUUUCUCAUAGUCAAAUGUCUAUGCAACGUAAAGCCUGUUAGGACUUCUUCGAUCUUUUGAUAACUUUACGAUGUCAGCUAACUUACACAACUUCAUUUUUCCAUCAUUCAAAACGAUUUUGUGGAUUUUUUUGGUGCUUUCUGGUGUUAACGCCCCAUUUGCACGUCCACUGCAUUGUGCAUCAUCGGUGGUCGAAGAAUCAGUCAGUUUGAAGUCAGCAAACCAUCGUUUUAUUGUUGUCUCUUAUGGAAGGAAAUUUUUAAGCCAUUACUUUGAUUGCAUGGUAUUUUUCCCAUCAAGAAGCAGUUCAAAAUUAAAACACGAAGCUCUUUUUGCUCCAUUGUUUUGAAAAUAACAACAGUAGCGUCACUUUUAGCACAAAACUCACGAACUAGGGAAUAGAAUAGCACGAAAUCUUAACAGCUGUCUUUCUAAGGUUAGUACUAACUGAAAAAGCGGUCAAUGCAAUAAAACUAAUGUCAUCAACUAAUGUCAGCCCAUGUGUUAAUAUGAUGUGAAGUCUUUUGCAGACUUUUUCUUGAGUUUGGUGAAGGUUAUGGGAUUGGCAACAAUUUCUGUGACAAGAAGGCUUGAGUAGGAAAUGAAGCGUCUCAACUUUAAAGGUCAAUUUUUUUUUGCAAUUGCGGACUUUACUACAAAUUAUUUAACAAAUAGAAAAACUAAUAAAUAAACUGGUCGAUUUAUAAGAAAAUUAAUUUGGUUUAAUAGUCCAGGGAUACCAUCAAACUUGAAAAAAGUGCAUUUUUUCAAAAAGCACCUUUCCCAGCGGUAAUGGCAAAUCUUCAAUUGCAUUUCUGCCUAGCAAAAGCUGCGCGUCUGCCUCUCGAGUGCGGCUUAAAGCUUUACGUGUCUUCAACUGCAGCACAAAAUCAAGGCGUAGCCACAACUAGCUACUUUUAGGAAUACUAGUUACUAGUUACUUUUAGCACUACUAGUUACGAAUUACUUUUAGUACU